AUGCUGACUAUAAGUUUCCUUGCUGUGAAUAAUAGUGACCUAGCUACAAAUUAUUUGGCGCAGCAAGUGCUGGAAACAAGAAAACGAUGGUUUGGCGUCUUUAGCCCCACGGUGAUAGCUGAACCAGAUAGCUACGAUAUCCUGAGUCUAGUCCGUGCGAAUGUUAUGACCGAUUUUAUAGAUAUAGUCAAAGGCACAGAUGUUUAUGGCGCCAUUAAACUUGUAAAAAACGAAUUAAUUACAAUUAAACUGGAUCAAUUCCCAGAUCCAAUAGACCAUUUAGCAACUCCUUUUGAAAUAUAUGCCUUAGUGAAAUUGGACUUGGAUGUCACGUCCUGUUUGUUUCAAAUCGUAUCAAAUAAAGAAAACAAACUCAGUCUAUGUUUUACACCUGAAGGAGAAGAUUUAAUUAGAAUCACAUUAAACGGUAGCGAUCUACCAGAAAGUGGAAUAUCUUUUCAUUACUUGAUAGAAGGUCGUAAUGCAUUUGUAAAAAUAAUCUUAGCUGUGAAUGAUAAAAAUGUGGAAUUUUACUCCAACUGUGAAAAAAUUGAAACCCAAUAUUUCGACUCCGACUAUACCAUCGAAAACAUAAAUUUCGAUAAAGAUUCUAUACUACAUUUUGGUAAAUUGACCGAAGAAAGUAAUUUAUUUGAGGCUCCGAUACAGACGCUUGUGAUAUAUCCAAAACCUGAUAUUAUUGGACGAAGAAGUAUCUGUUCGGAUGAUAAACUGCCAGCUAGUUUUAUUGAUUUUGAUUCAAGCGAAAAAAUACCAACCGACUCCCUGUUUGAUAGCAGUGAAGAAAGUGUUGUUAAAGGUGAAAAAGGCGAUAAGGGCGACAAGGGUGAGAAAGGCGAUCGAGGAGACAAGGGUGAACGAGGUGAAUCUGUCACAGGUGAACGUGGCCCAAUUGGUCCUGAAGGAGCUCCUGGGACACCGGGUGCUAUGGGAAAAGAGGGAUCGUGCAAAUGUUCAGAAGCUGUUGUAUCAGAGUUACUACUAAAGAUGCCAGAAAUGAGAGGACCCCCAGGCGAAUACGGAAUGAAAGGCGAUAGAGGUGAAAAAGGAUUGAAAGGAGAUAGCGGUUUACCAGGAAAAGAUGGCAGAGAUGGUAGUAAGGGAGAUCCCGGUAUACAAGGUCCUCCUGGAACUCCAGGAAUUGUUCGUAAGGAAAUAGUAGAGACAAAAGUUCCAGUUGUUGGAGAAAAAGGAGAAAGAGGACCAAUUGGACCACCUGGCACUCCCGGGAGAGAUGGUUUUAGAGGAGAAAAAGGAGACAAAGGCGAACCAGGUCUCAUGGGGCUACCUGCAAAACUAUCAUCGAUACUAGAUGAGGACAUAGAUCCUAUAGAAGAAAAGGCUAUCGUCGAAAAAUUCAGAGGAUAUAAAGGGGCAAGUGGCCCUGAAGGACCAAAGGGCGAAAAAGGGGAUACGGGUGCAAUGGGUCCUCGAGGUGAAACUGGCAGAGAUGGUAUUCAGGGUCCCCCAGGAAAACAUGGACAUAAAGGAGAAACUGGCAAAGAUGGAACAAAGGGUGACAAAGGAGAACCAGGAACACCGGGUCCUCCUGGUACUGUGCCAUCAUCUCAAAUAAGUCUCAUGAAAGGACCGAAAGGGGAGCGUGGUGCACCAGGUCAGAUAGGACCUCGAGGGCCAUCCGGACAUCAUGGAAAAGUGGGCCCCAUAGGACCACCGGGUAAAAGCCAUAAGGGAGAGCCUGGGAAACCAGGUCCUAUGGGACCCAAAGGGGAAAAGGGUGCUACUGGACCUAAAGGAGAAAAAGGUGAAGGGUUGUCGCCUAACGAAAUCGAGAGGCUAAAAGGACAUAAGGGUGACAGAGGUGAAAUUGGCUUACCCGGUGCAGCUGGAAAACCGGGUUUGCCGGGAACUUGUGGCGAAUGUGUUCACAAAUCAAUUCCUGGCCCGCCUGGACCUCCGGGACCUCCGGGUCCAUCAGGUCCUCCUGGGGUCUCCAUCAUCGGCCCUAAAGGAGAACCUGGCGGAUUACUAACUAAGAAUUCAUUUUUUGCAUUCAAUGACAUUCAUCAUGAGAGCACAGAUGAAGACGACGAUUUCUAUACAGCGGCCACUGUUAUUUUCAAAACAACUACUGGUCUUCUUAAGAGAACUACUGAAACCCCUCUGGGGACUCUGGCAUAUAUUUUACAAGAGAAAAUAUUAUUAAUGCGGGUUGAAAACGGAUGGCAAUACGUUGUGAUACGUUUGGUCGCAUUAAACCAGGCAUAUGCAGGCAAUAUACUUAUGGCAAACAAUAGAACUGGGCGUAACGCAGCUGACCAGGAAUGUUACCGACAAGCUUAUAUACAUAAUUUUAAAAGCACUUUUGCAGCCUUCCUAGCUACUAGGGUUGAAGAUCUUAGAUUUAUUGUCAAAAGAAAACGAGACAGAUAUGUUCCGGUAGUGAACUUGUACGGCCAAGUUCUUUUCGAUUCGUGGGCGAGCAUGUUUAAUGGAUCGGGAGCACUCUUUGCAAAAUCAAGUAUUUACAGCUUUAACGGAAAGAAUGUACAGAUUGAUACUACAUGGCCUUCAAAAGCUGUAUGGCAUGGCAGCAAUUCUUUUGGUACAGUUCUAUCAAGAGCAAAUUGCAAUGAAUGGACGAGUGACAGUCCGCUGAACGUUGGCGCGGCCUCUUUACUAUAUACCCAUAGACUGUUAGAAGAAGAACAGUAA